AAAUGGUACCGAGUGUCGCCGUGCAGGGAGGGGGGACAUGGCUCUUAACCCGGGAGCAGCUCAGUGUGUGGAGCUGACGGAGCGACACUCUCUCCGCUAUUUCUGCGCCUGUUUGUCUACGUUAUAAUCGAUGGAAGCGGCAGUGCUGAGACCCCAUAUGACGGCGGACGUCAGCGGUAACAAUAAUGCCCUGAAUGCUGAGCUGGAAGUGAAAAAGCUGCAGGAGCUGGUUAGGAAACUGGAGGUGCAAAACCAGCAGCUGAGGACCCGGACGAGCACACACGGCUGUCUGCCGGGGAAUCCCGCAGAAUCCCCCUCCAGCCCGGUUUUAUCGGGAAUCUAUAGCAUUCCGAGUGUGACACCGAUACUCUCACGCUCGCCAUCCGCCGACGAUCCUCACGCUUAUUUCUGUCUGCGCUGCCCGGCCGGUGCUGAGACCCGGGACGUGUGUAAUGGCCUCUCGGUCCUGGAUGAGGUUCAGCUGUUAGACCUAGACUUCAUACUUCCCUGCGAUGCGGAGUCAGAAGACACCUGGCUAUAUGCAUCGCCAAAGGCCAAGCCCCGGACACAGUGUGCCCUUAGCCCCCUGCAGUGGUGCAGGCAGGUGUUAGACUGUCCCAGGCCCGACGUCCAGGCUGCCCAGCUGUCCUUUUCUCAAGCCCACCCAGGGAGAGACAUUUCCUCCAGGCCUGCCCUCCCCCACGGCCCUGUGACUAUAGAACCGCCCCCUAGGACGUCUGUCCGGCCUUCUGUUAAACCUACACCCAGAGAACGAGCAGCCUCAUUAUGCACAUCCAGUCAACAUUUACCUCCUGUGACUCAGACAUCCAGUGGGAAGGGCUGCCUUGCUCAAGCUGAGAGAUCACCUUCAUUCUUCCCCCACUCCUCUAGUCACAGUGAUGGGUACAGACACCCCACUCUGAGCUCGCAGCCCCCCCUCAGCACUCCCCAGCUGGAAGAUGAUUCUAUUUCCAUGGGCUACAAGCUGCAGGACUUGACAGAUGUGCAGAUCAUGGCACGGAUGCAGGAGGAGAGUCUCCGUCAGGACUACGCCUCGGCUUCGGCCACCAGCCGCAGCUCCAGUUUCAUCCAGUUUGGGCAGCGGGCAGCCCACAGCGAGCUGAAUGGGGAGGAAGAGAAAGAGCACGAUCAACCAGAAACCCAGCAGUGCAGCUUGCCUCCGUCCCACAGUGAAAGGAAAAGCCGUCGUAGCCUGCUGGCUGCGCAGUGCUUUGAAGGCCGCUGCCCACCACAGCACUGCAGUCCUGUCAGGUCCAGUUACCCACCGGAGCACUGCAGUCCUGUCAGGUCCAGUUACCCACCGCAGCACUGCAGUCCUGUCAGGUCCAGCUACACACCACACGCUCAAAGCCAAAGGCCCAACAUCGGUAAGUUACGGAGAAGCAUGCCUAACCUUGUGCGUGCUCCCAGUGCUCCCAGUGUUCCCAGCAUUACAGGCCCUGCCGGCUCAGAGUCCUCCAUUCGCACCAGCCAAAGCUUUGACUACUCCAGGGCUCGAACAAGGCCGCAGUCUUCAAUUCCUUCCCCUGGUCAGCUGCAGCCGCAUGUCCGCAGUGCGCGGACUUUCCCGCCGCCCCCCUGGCACGCCCUCAAAGCCAUGGCGUACGUCAGCCCCACCAUGCAAGCUCCCAGCAUCCCAUGCUCCACCAACAGCACACACCGUGCCCUCAGUAUCGGCAUUCGCCUUCCCAGCAAGUCCAGUGGCCCACCAACAGUGGGUCGAGGCAUCGUACCCAGGCCUGCCUCCGUCAUGGGAAUCGGUGCCGUUCUGCAUAGUAACAUCAGUCAGCCAGUCCGCAGUUUACUCGCUCCAGCAAAGAGCCUUUCUACACUGAGUGCCCCCUGGGAGGGACGUUGGAGAGAUGGAUGUUUCUAACUCGGGGUAAUGAAGCUGGAGAAGUGAAACGCCAAAAGCGUGUUUGGUACCCAGCAGGCCAGGGCAGCUCGGCGUGUUACAAAGUCUUCUUGAAAUGCAGAAGGACUGAUGAUGUAGCAGGGACACGAUUUUGACGUGUAGUUCUUGAGUGGGAGAUUCUGUGGUACUCAGUCAACAGGAAUGUGUAAACAGUAUGCAUUUCCGUGAUACUUCCCUCUCCAUUACAGUUUUCUUGUCAGAUUUGUAAUGCAAAAUAUUUUAUCCAAAAAGUCUACUUGGGGCAUAAUAUUUGAAAUUGUUUAAAAAAACAUUGCUGUAACUAAUGAAAUUAUUUUACUCGUUUUAAAUACGACUAAACCAAGAAUGUUUUGCUGUAAAAAAAAAAGAAACAUUUUAACACUUUAAUAAAGCUGAAAAUCUGAAUUUA